AUGGACGAUUAUUGCUCGUCUGGUACAAUUGACCUCACGUAUGUCGAUGCAAUACGUCUGCGUCUGACGUCACACAGACAUUAUGCAGACAGCAUGGACUGUACGUUGAAUGUUCGAACGUUGGAAUCGAACAAACUCAUGUUGUUCUUUAAAAGUAUUAACAUAGAGGGUGAUAGUCCCGGAAGCUGCAGCUUUGAUUACUUACAGGUCUACGACGUGACACCUUCGAAUAUAUACCAACCUGAUUACGUUAGCGGUCUAUAUGGGAAAAUAUGUGGUUACCACAUCAGCAGAAAGGUCCACACUUCAUCCGGAAAUUCAGUCAAACUUCAGUUCGUGAGUGACAGCUCCGAAACAGGGAAAGGAUUUGAUAUGAUUAUCACAUCAUUUCACUAUGGUCUCUGCGACAGUACGGAAUUCCAGUGUAGUAAUGGGCGUUGCAUCGACAACAGCCUUACUUGCAAUAACUAUAAUCCAUGCGGUGACCAAUCG